AUGGUUGCCCUUCCAUCAUAUUUCAAAAUGCCGUCAACCGUUGCAAAUACCGUGGGGAGCAAUAACUCGUCGAAUUCGAUCGCAAGACGUACAAGGCGGCGUUCAUCAGCUUCGAUUAGUGAUAACUUAGCACCAGGCGUAACGUCACGCAGAUCCCAAAAAACCAAGCUCGGGAAAAAAGAUGUAGGCAAAUGCAUCAUUCUACCCAAUGUACAGCGUAGAUUGAUGGUCUGCAGAGUACUGCUGACAGAUAUAUUUUCACCAAACUCACAACUGCAGCAUCUCACGAAGCAAAUAAAAGGCGCCAACAACAUCAUUUGCAAUGUCCCGAAUAAAGAUAUCACCGGAAAACAGUCCUUGUCUGGACAGAGUAAUAUACCAUCGACAGAACCGAACAGCUAUGUAACUCGACGAACCAGUUCCCGGCGAACAAGAAGCAUCAGCAGACAUGAAUCCUUGGUUGAGAAGCGAAACAUCGCCGUAAAUAUUGCUCCUGCAGACUUACAUUCGAUCAUACAUUUAGACGAGUCCAGUAUCGGCAUGAAAAGUGAUGUCGAAUUAGCGGAUGUAACACAAACAACGAAAGCCGCCACUGCCAGCAAGGCUGCUGGGGAACAAAGCAUCAAUACUGGAACUUCGGGUUCGAAUCGUUUGUUGGCUCAAUUGAACAACAAUGCGUUUAAAAUUCUAAUUGUUUCCAUCAAACGCAUUGCUUCGGCUCUACCGGAGGCUGAUUUAAAGCGUCUCAAGUAUGAAAACUCGAUGCAGAAUAGCAGAGUUUUACUAAGUUCUUCAAACGGAAUCAGAUGGUGCCCAAACAGCCGCAUUAAGGUUGAAAGAAAUUUACUAACCAAGGCAAGAUCAACUGUGUCUAAACCCAAAAUUGUGAUCUCGUCCCCAAUCAUCGAAGUUCCGGAAUCUCCACCCUUGCCUGACCGAAAUUCACUAGCCCAUCUUGCUGUUCCCAAAACUGCUCCCACAGCUCAGUUAGACAGAUUUAAAAAGUCUCAUCCGACGAUUCAACCAUCAUUGCCGAAACUAAUUGAGCACGAGGACGAAGAGAACGAUGAUGUGUAUGAAUUUCUAUCGUCUUCUCAGAACAGUGGCAUUUCCAUCGCAUCGAAUAAAACCACUAAGAAACCUAAACACAAAACGGUCCAGAAAACGUCGGCAACAUCGGUAAAAAACAAAGUUGCUGCUGCCAAACCCAAGGCGAAACCACCGAAACAGCUCAACCCAUUCGGGUGUAACGCAAAAGCGUUGGGGAAAGUUAUUAAAAAGCUGGGAGGCGGACCCAUAAAACAACCCGAAACGGUGGAUUAUAAAAUUAACAUGGAAAUUCCCAAUACACCACCUGUGGUAGCUUUACCUGUUGCAGAACCCCAACAUCUAGAUAUUACUGAGCUUCCCUAUGAUGAAAAUACCGCUUCAGUGAAAGUCACUCGUAUCGGCAACCCUACGGUGGACCGACUUAAAGCAGCGCAGCCAUCACUUCCUCUCACGUCUACUCCGUUCAACAGUAAACCCAACGUAACAGCUGCACAAAAGCCUGCAUCACCUUGGCGCCUGCAAGAUGAAAUAAUCGUUCCCAGAACGAGCUAUACACAUCGAACGAAAGAGAUGCUUCCUUCGUAUGAAAGUUUUGCAACCGAAAACAACAACAUCCCCGUUCGAACAUCCGCUUUCAUUACGGAACGACGAAAGUCGCCAAAUGAAGGAACUGAAACGAUCGUACCACCAGUACCAGAAAACGUUGCCAAAUCUAGCUUACACGAACAGCAGUCCUCCGAAGGCAUUGUGAGCGAUAAAGACUUGCGCGAGUUCGAGCAAAUGUACUUAGAGCUGAAAGCGACGAGCGAAAUGAGCCAGAAAUUGAUCAAAGCUAUUCGCAUGAGCAAAAAGAAUCGGGCAACGCCGAAACAAAGCCAAACGAUGCGGCUGGCAUGCCUGAAGCUGAAGAAAUGGUACGAUCGUUCGAUGAAUGCGUUUAACCGAUCGAUGCGAAUUAUCAACAAUCUACAGAGAACAGUUGAACAGUCUGAGAAUCGUGCGUUGGCCUGUCCUUCGCCGCUAUCGCUCGAACAGCAACGUACGUUAAACAAUUUCAAUCUUAGCACCGAUCAUUUCCGUUCCAUGAUCGACCAGCUCCAGUCGGUUAUGAAUGAUUCCGACGUUGAAAAUCGUCCACCUUCAGUAUCCUCGUUUGAGGCAACUGACACAGGUCAGCAAUGUGAUGAAAACGGUCCAAUGACGAACUGGCAUAAAGCAACAACAUCCCAACCGCCUAAAGAUGUCGUAAUUCUGCCCGAACGCGGUAACAAUGCGAAACGGAACCCUUUGAUGCCUUUGAAUGUGGUGCCACUUCCACAGCGUACCAGCCCAUUGAUGUCUCCGCUGGCCCAAAAUCCGACAACCGGCCAGAACAAUAUCCGCCGGGAGCUACGGUAUGACAAGGAGAAUGAAUCUAUCCAAAUCAGCGACAACCGACAACAAAAAGACAUUGAGAAUGUCCCGCAAAAACCCACACCGGGCCAACUCUCAGAAGCGUCCGUUGGAAGUGUGGUAGAAAUUAACGACGAAACCGCGCAUAACGAGUGCGCCAAUAAUGACGACAAUAUUUCCCACAACAGCAACGAUGAUAGUACGGAAGCGGUAGAUAAUGCACAGAACUGCUUUGGAUUUGAUGAUGGCGAUAGUGUGAAAGACACAUCAACCGCUCAGGUUACACUUCCCAUGCCGCUUAACAUUUCGCACGAAACGCUUCAGCGAAGAUUGUGUAACAUGAAGCAGUUGCUUCCCACGCGACCCUUUUUCCGAACACAACCCAAACAGCAGAACCGAUCUAGCGGACCGACACGGUUUCCCACAACAAAGUUACGCGUGUUUGGCAGUCCAACAAAACGACCACAUACGUUGCGUGAAUUCAUUGCAUCUACACCACUCCCUGCUGGAACAGGAUCCACCUCGGCGUCGACGUCUGUGCAGCCUUCUGAUGUUGAGGCACCCGAUGUGUCGACGAUCGAACCGAUCACUGAACCAGCUGCAACAGCAGAGCAAAAUGACCACCACAGUGCGCAAAACAAUGUGCCCGAUGUCGCAUUGUUCGAUACGCCGGACCGACCGGAAUGGUUAAACAACUCCGCCCAUCAACGCACAUACGCACGCAUACCGCGGCGCAAAAAGAAGAACAUUUACCUAGCGAAUCUGGGACUGGACGACGACAGUGAGGAGGAUGAGGAGAACGCUCCACCACAAGAGUUGAGCUCAGACUCAGAAACGGACGUGGCGAAGCGAAAGAAACAGCCCAUUAAACGUAAAGCUCAACGUAAAGUAGAACAGACAAAGAAGUUCAAGCAGUUUGUUGACAGCUUCAAUAGCAUGUGUGCGGAAGUGGAGCGUUAUGAGCUGAUUAUCGAAUAAAUUCUUCACAUCCUUCACCACCCACCCCCUUAGGAUGGACCAAUAGGUUGAUGGAAACCGGCACGAAUGUUCAGAAUCUAGUAGUUUGUAUACUCCGCUGAGCGAAUGUAUUUUUUAUUUCCAUUAUCGUGUAUGCUAUUUAUCACAGGAAUAUAUUUUAUACCAUGUUUUACUAAUUAUAUUAAAAAAUAAUCUAUGCUUUCAUUUUUUUCACCAUUUAUCCUGGAAGGAUAUGUUUAU